CAAUAAGCCCUAAACCCCUAACCAUCCAACUUCUCAGUCUCACAUCCGCCACUCUGCGCGCGUACCUUCACUCAUUUCCAUUUGGUUCAGGGUGGUUUCGACAAUGGCUUCGGUCGCUCUCCGAAACCCUAACACCAAGCGCCUUCUCCCAUUUUCAUCUCAAAUAUACUCCUACUGUAGGGGAUCGGCUCAGACCGGUCUCUCUGUGUCCGAGUCGAUCUCUGGAAAUGACAAAUCUUACUCUCCGAUGCCCUGGUGGAGAUCCAUGGCCACCUUCACCAGAACAAAACCUCAUGUGAAUGUUGGAACAAUUGGACACGUCGAUCACGGAAAGACUACACUAACUGCCGCAAUUACAAAGGUACUGUCAGAAGAAGGCAAAGCCAAGGCUAUUGCUUUCGAUGAAAUUGACAAGGCUCCUGAGGAGAAAAAGAGAGGAAUUACGAUUGCAACGGCCCAUGUGGAGUAUGAGACUUCUAAGCGACAUUAUGCUCAUGUUGACUGCCCUGGACACGCUGACUAUGUCAAGAAUAUGAUUACUGGAGCAGCCCAGAUGGAUGGAGGUAUUCUAGUUGUAUCUGCCCCUGAUGGACCCAUGCCCCAGACUAAGGAGCAUAUUUUGCUUGCCCGACAGGUUGGCGUGCCAUCACUUGUGUGCUUUUUGAAUAAAGUUGACGCUGUUGAUGAUCCAGAAUUGUUGGAGCUAGUUGAAAUGGAGCUGCGUGAGCUUUUGAGCUUCUACAAGUUUCCUGGGGAUGAGAUUCCUAUUAUUCAGGGUUCGGCUUUGUCGGCCUUACAAGGUACAAAUGAAGAGAUUGGGAAGAAAGCCAUUCUAAAAUUGAUGGACGCUGUUGAUGAAUACAUUCCUGAUCCUGUCCGCCAACUGGAUAAACCUUUCUUAAUGCCAAUUGAAGAUGUUUUCUCAAUUCAGGGACGUGGAACUGUGGCAACUGGGCGUGUUGAACAAGGAGUAAUUAAAGUCGGUGAGGAAGUUGAGAUUCUGGGGUUAAGGCAGGGUGCUCCUUUGAAAACUGUGGUUACUGGUGUUGAGAUGUUCAAGAAAAUCUUGGAUCAAGGACAGGCUGGUGACAAUGUGGGUCUUCUUCUUCGAGGUCUAAAACGAGAAGAUGUGCAGCGAGGACAGGUAAUUGCCAAGCCAGGGUCUUUGAAAACAUCCAGGAGGUUUGAAGCAGAGAUAUAUGUCCUCACAAAGGAUGAAGGUGGACGUCAUACUGCCUUUUUUUCAAACUAUAAGCCUCAGUUUUAUAUGAGGACCGCAGAUAUCACUGGAAAAGUAGAAUUGCCUGAAAAUGUUAAGAUGGUUAUGCCUGGUGAUAAUGUGACAGCCGUUUUUGAGCUGAUUCAACCUGUUCCUCUUGAAGGAGGACAAAGAUUUGCAUUGCGAGAGGGAGGUAGAACAGUUGGUGCAGGAGUAGUAUCAAAAGUACUGAGCUAAGAAUUUUGAUGUGCCCGAUCCUUUUAUAUUGUUUGUAUUUUCAUUAGCAAAAAGGGGUUGAUGAACAAAAUGGAAUAUUCAGUUGGACAACAUGCCAUGUGGUAAUUGCUUAUAUAGUCCACAUUUGAUGCGGUUGUUAGUUCUAGGCAUUAUCAAAAGAGGAUGUUUGAUGUUACAAAUUCGAGUAAAUUGAAGGAACGAGGAAUCUUCAGGCAUGGUUUUGACCAUUUUGCAUCUGAUUUUCUUUUUGGUUAUUUUUGUCAUAAAUAAUUUUCCGGUACUUGACCAGUGUUGUACCUGCUUGUGGCAUGGGAUCUGAAUUCAAUUUAAGAUUCAAAUAAUGUUUUUUUUA